AUGUCUGAGUCUGAAAACGUCUUUCGGCAACUGUUCAACAACUGGAACAGUCGUCCUGCUGCCGGAGCAGGAGCUGCCACACUGGGAUCCCGGCCCGUACUAUCUGACUGGACGGAUUAUGUAAGACUGGGUGCCACCAACCUCUACAACCAGCUUCCGCUUUCGGCACAAGAUGCAAAUAAUGCCAACACUCAAUCACAAGAACCAGCUUGGUUCACUUUGACACGUUUCGAAAAGCUUGUCGGGUUUUCGUGCUGCUUGGCUGCAUCAGUCUUAUGUUUUGUGCUUUGCUUCUUUAUGUUCCCAGUAUUGGCAUUGCGACCACGUAAAUUCGGCUUGCUCUGGACCAUGGGCUCGGUGCUCUUUGUGGUGUCGUUUGGUGUUUUGCAAGGGCCAUAUAGUUAUACUCGACAUCUUUUGUCCAGGGAUCGAGUGUUGUUUACUGGCAUUUUCUUCGGCUCAGUGUUACUCACAUUGUAUUCGGCUGUAAUCGUAAGAAGUAGUCUCAUGACAAUUUUGGCCAGUCUCAUAGAGACUUUGGCUAUUAUCUACUACACCAUAAGUUACUUCCCGUUUGGAUCCACGACCUUGACGUGGUUCACAAGCUACUUUGUUGGCUACUUAGGUGGGCUCGUUGGGGGGGUCAUCUUGUAA